AUGCUGGGAAACAGAACUAUCAACGCCCAUGAUGUUGUUGACAACCACUAUAGUAAAACUGUCCUGGUUAAAGUUCCAGCUGAGAAAUUAGACAGCAACUUCACGAUUAACGAAAACAGCACAGUGGGCCCCACCUUUGACCCCAGCCAUGUCCCAGAGGUGAUGGUGGAGAAGACCACACAUCUUUGGAAGUUAUUUUGCCAUAACUCACAGCUCAACGCCACCUGUGACGAAUACUUCACUUCAAACAACUUCUCUGAGAUUAAAGGGAUCCCCGGACUGACUAGUGGGGCCAUAUCAGGAAUCAUGGCCGGCUCCAAACGGGUCGAGGAUUUAAAGAUGCUCAGCGCUCCAUCCCCAUCGGAACUCAUCCUCGCCAUCCUCACCACCUCUUUAGUCUGUAUCCUCAUCGGACGGUUUGAGUGA